CCCUGCCUCUUGCUCGCUCUAAUAACACCCCCACCUUCAGACACACAGCAGAUAAUGUGAGGUAAGAUGGCUGCUGGCUGUUUCUUCAUUUGUUCCUUCGGUGGAUGUUUGCAGGCUGCACUCCCUGCUUGCCUGCCUUCCCUAAUCCGGCGAAAGCAAUUGAUGGCAUUAGUGUGUUUCUCUGCUGUCAAUGGAGCAGGGCGAGGCUCUGCGCAUGCUCCGUGUGGUUCUUUUAUUGGGAAGAGGCUCUCGAGCGGUCCCUCCCUCCCCUCUUGUCUGACUCCGUCUGGGAAGGAACGGUUUGGUGCAUCGGCGGAGACCGGGAGGCUGCCAGGAUCCGGAGUUGAGCGAUAGUUUGAUUCUUCACGUCUGUGGCCUCCUGCAGAUCACCCGUGUCUGUGUAGUCUUCCUCCUUAUCAUCUUCAUCACCAUCAUCCUCACUACAGCCCGGCAGCCAGCGGUAAUCCGUCCCGUUUGCAUUUCUAGCGGUCUGCGGCGCACACGAAACACCGGUGAAGAUGUCUGGCUACCAAGGCAAAAAGAACAUUCCCCGCAUCACAAGCGACCGUCUCCUGAUCAAAGGGGCCAAGAUUGUGAAUGAUGACCAGUCCUUCUGUGCCGACAUCUAUAUGGAGGAUGGAGUCAUCAAACAAAUCGGGGAAAACCUCAUUGUGCCCGGUGGGGUGAAAACCAUCGAUGCCCAUGGUCGGAUGCUGAUGCCCGGUGGCAUCGAUGUGCACACUCGUUUCCAGAUGCCCGAUCGGGGCAUGACCGCCGCUGAUGACUUCUACCAGGGUACCAAGGCAGCGCUGGCCGGAGGCACCACCAUGAUCAUUGACCAUGUGCUACCUGAGCCCGGCACCAGCCUUAUGUCGGCCUUCGAGCAGUGGCGUGAAUGGGCCGACAGCAAGUCCUGCUGCGACUACUCUCUGCAUAUCGACAUUACCGAGUGGCACAAGGGAAUCCAGGAAGAGAUGGAGACGCUUGUGAAGGAUCACGGUGUUAACUCUUUCCUGGUCUACCUGGCUUAUAAGGAUAUUUUCCAGCUUACUGAUGCUCAGGUGUAUGAGGUUUUCAGUGUGAUCCGCGAUCUGGGAGCCAUCGCCCAGGUUCACGCUGAGAAUGGUGACAUCGUAGCUGAGGAGCAGCGCAGGAUGCUGGAGCAGGGGAUCACUGGGCCUGAAGGACACGUGCUGAGCCGCCCUGAGGAGGUGGAGGCGGAGGCCGUUAACCGCUCUGUGACUGUAGCCAACCAGACCAACUGCCCGCUGUAUGUCACCAAGGUGAUGAGCAAGAGCGCUUCUGAUGUCAUCGCUCAGGCCAGGAAGAAGGGCACUGUUGUCUAUGGAGAGCCAAUCACUGCAAGUCUGGGAACAGACGGUUCACACUAUUGGAGCAAGAAUUGGGCCAAAGCGGCUGCUUACGUCACCUCCCCUCCACUGAGCCCUGACCCGACCACACCAGACUAUCUCAACUCCCUGCUCUCCUGUGGAGACCUUCAGGUGACAGGAAGUGCACAUUGUCCCUUUAACACUGCCCAGCGUGCUGUGGGCAAAGAUGACUUCAGCUUGAUUCCUGAGGGUGUGAAUGGCACUGAGGAGAGGAUGUCUAUCAUCUGGGACAAGUGUGUGGUAACGGGUAAGAUGGAUGAAAACCAGUUUGUGGCCGUGACCAGCACAAACGCUGCCAAGAUCUUCAACCUGUACCCCCGCAAGGGCCGCAUUGCUGUGGGCUCAGAUGCUGAUCUGGUGCUGUGGGACCCUGACGUCACAAAGAUCAUCUCCGCCAAGAGCCACCAGUCGACUGUGGAGUACAACAUCUUUGAAGGCACAGAGGUGCGCGGCGGGCCUCUGGUCGUGAUCAGCCAGGGCAAGAUUGUUUUGGAGGAUGGGAACCUCCACGUCACAGAGGGCUCAGGACGUUACGUGGUCCGUAAACCUUUCCCUGACUACGUCUACAAGAGGAUAAAAGCUCGCAGCAGGCUGGCUGAGCUGAGAGGCGUACCCAGGGGACUGUAUGAUGGUCCAGUCUGUGAGGUGUCAGUCACUCCUAAAACCAUGACUCCAGCCUCCUCUGCCAAGACUUCACCUGCCAAACAGCCCGGCCAACCCAUCCGCAACCUGCACCAAUCUGGCUUCAGCCUAUCCGGAGCUCAGAUUGAUGACAACGUUCCUCGCCGGAAUACCCAGCGCAUCGUGGCGCCUCCAGGCGGCAGGGCAAACAUCACCAGCCUGGGUUAGAGCCCCAUCCUCAGGCGCUGAGGAGGAAAUGAGGAUUUGUGGAUGUAUGGCCAGCAGGAGCUGAAGUGGUGGGGGGUGAAGAAGCUACAGCAUUACACCAAGAUUCAAACUCUUCACAACACCUCAUCAGGCCACCUGUUAGCCUCCAGCCUUCAUGUCCUCCUUUGCUGCUUUUUUUUCCCCCCCACUUCUCCCCCAAAACCUGUUCCUAGAGAACAGAGUUAGGAAAAAACACACAAACAAAAAAGGUCUGCCUCAUAUGAUGAAAAAAUUGACAAAAAAAUUGAUAACACUCUUUAUUUGAGCACUUUUGACUGCAUUAUUUCAUUUUUUAUACUGUAAUUUCUCCCUCCCAUGUAUCCCUGUGAUAUUUGCUUUGCUGUUGUUUUCAUUGAGGAGUUAAGUAAGACUAAAGUGAUGUUAUGCAGACGAUAAUGUUCGAGCAGGAUGUCUGUUCUUUUUCCAUGUUUUUUUUUUGCAUUUUGUGAGGAGUUAGAAUGAAGCAUGGAUAUAAAAACACACUCAUUUCCUUUUAUUCUUUCUUUUCUCGAAUAGGCCAAACAGUAAGUUGCUUGAAAUUGACCAGUUUUGCAUUUCAUUCAGCCAAAAAGAAUCUAAUACUUCCUUCCAGCUGUUAGAAGUCUGUGAUUUGUAUUAUAUGACAUUUCAGUCGCUUCAUUUUCCAGUCCAUUGCUGUCUCUCAUACAGUGCUACAAUUGAUAUUUAAUUGACUAUUCGCCACGAAGACGGCCUUAACAUUUGAAAAAUUGAACAUGGUAAUGCUGUACUAUGGGUACAGUCUGUUGGGAGUCAGCUGGAGAGUCCUGUGGAGCAGAAGGAGGUUUUGGCACGUAGUAAAUAGAGCUUUAUUCUUCAUCUCUGUGUGUAAGGUCAUUGUUAAGUGGGAUUGAUUUACAGGGGGAAAGAGAAAGUUGUACUUAAUGUUACUUCCGACUCAGCCUUUCCUUGCCUUACUUUCUCUUUAGCGCAGUCCUUUUAGAGAACUUUUAGGAGUGUGGGGAAGGUGCCGUUCACUACGCAGCUACAUGUUUUCCCAUUUGUUUACAUUCCCAGGAAUCACAAAGGUCCAAAUUCUUCAUUGACAGCAGUAGAAACAUCUGACAACCGUCCGUCACCAAGCAGUGCAUUUACAUACAGAAUGUCUCUCCUUCCAAAUGUGACUGUUUUAUACUUCCCCCUCCCCCCCCCACCAUACACACACCUCAUUUUCUUUCUACUCUUUAUGUGCCUGAACCCACAGAAGUUGUAUUGAUAGUCAGAUUUUAGCUUCUUGUUUUGUUAUUGUUUUUGAGGUAAGUGAAGGAUGUAAGAUAAAAAGAUGUAAAAUAGCCAGGAUUAACCGAUUCAAAGGUGCCAGAUUUUGCGCUUUCAUUGGGCCUAUUCUGAAGAUAGAGCCCUGUAAAGAUGAACAGUGCUUGAUAUGUUGAAAUGUUCUGUUGUUUUAUAGUUUUGAACUUGUUGUCAAACUGCUAUUUAGUGUCAUUCUGUAACUAGGUGCCUAAGGGCUGAGCACUAUUGAUUUAUGCUUGAAAGUAGACAUGAGCUAAUGUACUUCUGACUAGUGUGCAGUGUUGAUGUGUGAGGAAUGGGACACGCACAGCAAGCUCCUGUACAGCUCUCAGUACGGCUGUGGAGUUAACAUUGCUUCAGGCUGUACUGCAGCUGUAUGUCUUAUUCUUCUCCUUUUUCUUUUCUUUUCUUUUGUUUUUUUUUUAACAGCACAAUCUGGUUUUAUUAAGCGAAGCAACUGAUUUUCACCAGUAACCAUCUUUCUGCCUGUGACUAAACGCUGAAUAAACUUGACAUGAACAUAACCAGG